AUGGACCGCACAAAUUUAUACAACCAAUAAUAAAACGAAAAAUAGUAAGAAUAUUAGGAUAGAACUUAAGAGAUUGGGGACCAAGAUCAGAAAUAGUUUAGUUUAGAUGGAUAGCAAAAAUAAUAAAUAAAGUUAAGAAUGAUUGAUAAGGAGGAAGUUAAGAAAUAAAACUAGUAGAGGAGGGAAGACUACAAUCGAAUGAGGAAUUUCGAGUUACUUAUGAAUCUAAGGCCAGGUGUGUUUGACCCUUAAGAUUAAAUUAAAAACGAAGAAAUUAGAGGGAAUAUAAGGUGGACUGCAGUAUUUGUAUUUUUUGGGUUCAUCAGUACAUCUGCUUUUAGAUUUUGGCAGAUAAAGACAGGCCAUAAAGAGAUUGGGUAAAGUUUAAUGAUUAUUAUGGCAAGUUAUAUGCCUUCCAUUUCAUAUUACAAUUACUACAAAAAACAGCAUAAUUUGUUUCUCAGAGAUGUAGCAAAUAGAUAUAAAGAUAGAAUUAAUGAAGAUGAGUUUAAAAGGUUUUAAAGAGAGGCUGAACUUGGAGAUGCAGCUAAGGAAAUAAAUAGUCGCCAGAUUCCUAAGAAGUAGUGA